UCAGCAUCAGAAUCAUUCUUCACAUCCUCUUGAACAAUACUUAGCUCUUUCACAGAAUCAAAACCCAAAAUGGCCAGACUCCUCUUUGUUACCACUACAUCACUCAAGGCAAUUGUCUAUUUUUUCUUGAUUGCUAUGACUCUCUCUCAUGCCAACUCGGCAAGAAUCCUUGAUGGGGUAGAACCCGAAAAUCCAGCUGUUGUUGGCCCUCCCGUGACAACGGCAGUCCCAGCUCCAACGACUACAUUGCCAAGUGGCCAAUUCCAAGCGACCACUCCCUCCACAGUUGAAGAUGGCGAAGCAGACCCUCCACUUCCAGAUGAAACUGUAGUCCCUGACACUACUGUGGCAGCACCAGUUGAUGAUGCGGUAACACCGGUUGAUGAUGGUACAGCACCUGAAGCUCCUCCAGUCAGAGUGGCAGCACCACUACCUGCAGGUCCCAUCACCACCACGACGCCACCAAGUGGGCCAGCCCCAUUAGUGACCACGAGUCCCACCGUAGCAAAACCUGCUGGCUCACAAACCACCACCGCUACCACUUCUCCUUCAUUGUCCUUCUUCAUGCAUGACAUCCUAGGAGGAUCCCACCCAUCAAAUAGAAUCGUGAGCGGGAUCAUCGCCCGCACUGAAAUCAAUGGCAUUCCUUUCUCCCAGCCAAACAACAACUUUUUCCCACUCCAAGGUGGGACCCCACUGGUCAACAUUAACAACCUUAACAACCUUAUAAACCCAAACAACGCUCCACUCCUUACAGGCCUAACUGGUACCCAAACUAACACAUUCCUACAAAACACAGGCAACAACAACAAUGUUGACAAUGGAGACAACCAGCCUUUUGUCACCGCGGGCAAUCUCCCAGCUGGGUCUGCACUACAAAAGCUCAUGUUUGGCUCGAUCACAGUCGUUGAUAACGAAUUAACAGAAGGACAUGAGUUGGGUUCUGCUGUGAUUGGGAAGGCACAGGGAUUUUACUUGGCUAGUUCAAUGGACGGUACUAGCCAUACAAUGGCAUUUACAGUGUUAUUACAUGGUGGAGAAAAUCAUGGUGAAGUUGAAGAUACUAUUAGUUUCUUUGGGGUACAUAGAACAGCAACAGCUGAUUCGCCGAUUGCAAUAAUUGGUGGCACGGGUAAGUAUGAGAAUGCAAAAGGGUAUGCUGCUGUUGAGACUCUUCCACAAGGGGAUCAGCACACAACUGAUGGUGUAGAUACCAUAAUGCAUUUCAAUGUUUACCUCUCAGAGUAGGAUGUCUGUGUGUGUGUGUGCAUGUGUUCUUGGUUGGAGUUGGUUUGCUAGUCUGUAAGCCUGGUUUCUGUUUGAAAACUUCGGUUGAAGUUUGAUGUAUCUUGAACUAUAUUUAUUGGAAUAUUGAAGGAGACCAGCUUUGUUGUUGAAUCAAA